CAGACAGAAGGCACGGCAUCCAGGCACUAAAGGCUAUUCCUGAAUAGCCGAAGAAAUAGGAUAUGGCCUUAUCCGAUAUCAAACGCCGACAAUGAUGUGUUCGCGGUCAUAAAUAGGGCUCGCGUCCGGGUAAUCAGAAUUUAGGGAAGCUACAGAAGCUGCUGGCAUGUUCCUUUCCACCCUAACGUUCACAAUGGUCCUCCAUCGUCCAUCGAGGCUCUUUGGCCUCUUUCUGCUGUUACAACUUGGCCAGGUUCAAGGAGAUACAGUUGCUAUUCCUUCCUGUCCAAAGGAUACGGAGCCCGUGGCCAAUGAUUUGCAGUCAUUCUCAAUUGAGUUCUCAUAUUUCCCAGACUUCACUGGCAACAAAUCACAUCCCAAUGAGUUCUCAAGGACGUUGCUGGGCAAUUUGAAGAAUAUCACCGGCGUAGCACCGGUCAUCAGAGUUGGAGGGACAACACAGGACCGUUCUGAAUACCAUCCAAACCAAAAAGAAACCAUCCGGAACAUCUUCGAGAAUCCAGAAGACGACCAACCUAUUAAAACAGAAUUUGGUCCCGGAUUCUUCGAGUCCUAUGAGGUCCUCGGUAACUUCCCAUACAUCCACGGCUUGAACUUCAACCUGUCUCUGGCCCAAGAAACCAGCUCUGCCGUUGCCGCGUGCAAGCUGAUGAAUACCAAGAACCUGCAUCUGUAUGAGCUGGGAAACGAAAUAAAUAUGGAGCCGACCCGGUAUCGACCUGCAAACUACUCCAUGACCGAUUACAUCCGUGAAUGGAAUUAUAAAUCCACUGCUAUUGCAGCUACUUACAAGAAGGUCUGUGGCGGGCCGUUUCCUGGAAUGAUGGCGCCCAGUUUUAUUUUGCCUAGGAUCCUGUUGAACCAUACCAAUAUCGUUGAAUCUCUCGAGCCGCACAUUCAGCGUGCCAAGAACCUCGAAUAUCUCGACCAUCCAUAUGUCUUGGGUGAAAUGAAUAGUAUCGCGAAACAGGGACGUAACGGCGAAAGUAACGUCUUUGGCGAUGCCUUGUGGCUUGUUGAUUUCUCCCUCUGGGCUGCGGAACACAACAUCAAACGCCUCAACUUCCACCAAGGCACAAGCUACCGCUAUGCCUCGUGGCAACCAAUCCUGAACAAGGGAAUUGGACCCAUCACCAAGCCCCCAUACUACGGCCAAAUUAUGGUCGCUACGGCCCUCGGACGCUCAGAGAACAUGCGCAUCCGCAAUAUCCCCCUCUCCGGCCAUAGUGAGGCUGCAUAUGCGCUUUUCGAUGAUAGCAAGCUGUCCAAACUCGUUGUCCUCAAUAUGGAGGCUUUCAACUCGACGUCAGACGCUGAUUCUCGCUCUAGCCAGGAGUACAAGUUCAAGGUCUCUGGCAAUUCGAAGAGUGCUAAUGUGCUGCGGUUGAUUGCCCCGGGAAGCGACGUGGAGAAUAAUGUUACUUUUGGUGGCGUUUCAUAUGAUUAUGAACUGGAGAAGGGGAAUGCAGUUGUCCUGGACGAUACGGAGGAGACAGUUGAGAUUGAGGAUGGGGUGCUUAGCAUUACGGUGCCAGAUUCUUCGGCUGUUCUUUUGACGUUGGAUUAAAGUAGACCGUCAUUGCCAAUCUCCAACUAGCUCUCGAGUGGAAGUAUCGCCGAAGCUGGAAACCGGUAUAAAGGUGAAGAAUAAUCCAUGUGAAUAAAGUCCUCAUAAAUAAGUAUUCCCGU